GUUUACUCCGUACGCAAUCCGCUUCCUGUCAUCAACUAUGUAGCUGUGUUGGGGUCAUCAGCCAAACCGCGUCCUGGCUAGAGGCAAGUCGCGUCCUGAGAUGAACGGCGUGGAUUAACGAAGCACGGCCCGCCUCAUACUCUUUCUCCCCCGUUUCGGUCCGGUUCUUCCCACACUAUAUAUAGUGGAACGAAAUUCAUUGUCAAGCCCUAGGAAAACCUACCCCCUUCGAUUCGAGAGAGAGAGAGAGAGAGGGAAAUUCACUUCCAAGCCCUAGCAAAGGAGAGAGAGAAAGAGAGAGAUGUCAGAGUACAGCGGAAGAUACGACGGCAACGGUGACGGAUACAACGAGUACGGUCCGUCUCCUCCACACAGAGGCGACGAUCACAGCGAUUCCAAAUCCCAGCAUGGUUCUCAUGGUUCCCGUGAACGUGAAAGAGAUUCUCGGAGAAGCAGGGACAGGGAAAGAGAAAAGGAUAAGGACAGGGACAGGGACAGGGAUAGGGAUAGGGAUCGGGACAGAGAUCGUGAUCGUCACCAUAGAGAUCACCACAGGCAUAGCAGUGAUAGAAGAGACCGGGGGCGAGAUGAUCCUGAUUAUCACCGGAGUCGAGAUUAUGACAGGCAUGGGAUUUCAUAUGCUUACAGGCACAGGGAUUAUGAAAGAGACCGAGAGGGGCGCCAUAGGCACAGGUCUCAUUCUCCUUCAAGGAGUAAAUCUGAUCAUAGAUCAAGGUCUCGGUCUCGUUCACGAUCAAAAAGCAAGCGAAUUAGUGGUUUUGACAUGGCGCCCCCCCCAUCUGCACUAUUGGCUGGCCCUGCUGCUGCCGCUGCAGGUCAGCUGACUGGGACUAUGCCAACCAUUCCUGGAAUGUUUCCAAAUAUGUUUCCAUUAGCUCCUGGGCAGUUUGGAGCUCUCCCUGUGAUGCCAGUCCAGGCAAUGACCCAACAGGCUACUCGACAUGCUCGGCGUGUGUACGUAGGAGGUCUUUCCCCUACUGCUAACGAACAGUCUGUAGCGACCUUUUUCAGCCAGGUUAUGUCUGCCAUUGGAGGAAAUACUGCUGGCCCAGGUGAUGCAGUUGUUAAUGUAUACAUAAACCAUGAAAAGAAAUUUGCAUUUGUGGAGAUGAGAUCUGUUGAAGAAGCCAGUAAUGCAAUGGCCUUGGAUGGCAUCAUAUUUGAGGGGGCGCCUGUAAAGGUGAGGAGGCCCAGUGACUACAACCCUUCUCUUGCUGCAGCACUUGGCCCAAGCCAGCCCAACCCCAAUCUGAACCUGGCUGCAGUUGGCUUAACGCCUGGUUCUGCUGGUGGACUCGAGGGACCUGAUCGCAUCUUUGUUGGAGGACUACCAUAUUACUUCACUGAAGCACAGAUUAGGGAGCUCUUGGAAUCGUUUGGGCCCCUCAGGGGUUUUGAUCUUGUCAAGGACAGAGAAACAGGAAACUCGAAAGGCUAUGCAUUUUGUGUUUACCAAGACCUCUCCGUCACAGAUAUUGCAUGUGCAGCUCUUAAUGGCAUCAAGAUGGGAGACAAGACUCUCACCGUUCGGCGUGCAAACCAGGGUGCUUCCCAGCCUAAACCGGAACAGGAGAGUGUGCUAUUACAGGCUCAACAGCAGGUAGCUUUACAGAGGCUCGUGUUCCAAGCAGGUGCCCUUCCAACGAAAGUCAUCUGCUUAACACAGGUGGUUAGUGCAGAUGAGUUGAAAGAUGAUGAGGAAUAUGAGGAUAUAAUGGAAGACAUGAGAGGAGAAGGCGGAAGAUUUGGUACAUUGGUGAACAUUGUCAUCCCACGGCCAAAUCCAAAUGGCGAACCAGCUCCAGGAGUUGGAAAGGUAUUCUUGGAAUAUGCAGAUACUGAUGGAGCUGCUAAAGCGAGGGCCGGACUGAACGGGAGGAAAUUUGGUGGGAAUCAUGUAGUUGCCGUCUUUUAUCCAGAGAACAAGUUUUCUCAAGCGGAAUAUGAUGGCUAGCAUCUAGAAAUUUUGGAGCUCUCUUCCUUCUUCCAUCUUUUUAGGAUUUCUUUGGCUAGGAUUUUCUUGUUUGAAUGUUUUGGAGGAUGGCUGAAUAUUAUGUAGACCGCACCUUUAGGCUAAGGAUAUAAAGAGCAUAUUUGGGUGGUGGGCCCACUUGAUUUACUCUGGGCCAUUCGCCUCCCGUGAGGGAUGAAUGCCCCUGGUGGUGACUGAUGAUUAAUGUACCAUCUGGAAUGACCAAGUCUGUGGGGCCCACUGUUUUAAAUGUAAAUUUCAUUCUAUCC